GAACUGCGGCGGCGGCGGCGGUGGCGGCGGCGGCGAGCGCCGACCGCGUCCGGGCAGAGCUGCUGCGGCCGCCGCGGGCACCGGAGUGCCGAGCCCAGGACGCGCCGGCCCAGGCCCGUGGGGUGGACAAGUCCUUCUCUAGCCAGAGUGUGUGGAGAAGUGAUGGGCAAAACCAACAUGUCCCUCAGGCACUAGACCUGUCACAAGUGGACUUAGUUCCCUCCUAUACAGCUUCAGCCCACCCUAAGAACACAGAUCUGUUUGAGAUGAUUGAAAAGAUGCAGGGAAGCAGGAUGGAUGAACAACGAUGCCCCUUCCCGCCGCCCCUCAAAACGGAGGAGGACUACAUUCCCUAUCCGAGCGUCCAUGAGGUCCUGGGGCGAGAAGGGCCCUUUCCUCUCAUCCUGCUGCCCCAGUUUGGGGGCUACUGGAUUGAAGGCACCAACCAUGAAAUCACCAGCAUCCCUGAGACAGAGCCACUUCAGUCGCCCACCACCAAGGUGAAGCUCGAGUGUAACCCCACAGCCCGCAUCUACCGGAAGCACUUUCUUGGCAAGGAACAUUUCAAUUACUACUCACUGGACACUGCCCUUGGCCACCUGGUCUUUUCACUCAAGUAUGAUGUCAUUGGGGAUCAAGAGCACCUGCGCCUGCUGCUCAGGACCAAGUCUCGGACAUACCAUGAUGUCAUCCCUAUCUCCUGCCUCACUGAGUUUCCCAACGUGGUCCAGAUGGCAAAGCUGGUGUGUGAAGACGUCAAUGUGGAUCGAUUCUACCCUGUGCUCUAUCCCAAGGCUUCCCGGCUCAUUGUCACCUUCGACGAGCAUGUCAUCAGCAAUAACUUCAAGUUCGGAGUCAUUUAUCAGAAGCUUGGGCAGACCUCUGAGGAAGAGCUCUUCAGUACCAAUGAGGAAAGCCCUGCCUUCGUGGAGUUCCUCGAAUUUCUGGGCCAGAAGGUCAAAUUGCAGGAUUUCAAGGGGUUCCGAGGAGGCCUGGAUGUGACCCACGGGCAGACGGGGACCGAGUCUGUGUACUGCAACUUCCGCAACAAGGAGAUCAUGUUUCAUGUGUCCACCAAGCUGCCCUACACAGAAGGGGACGCCCAGCAGUUGCAGCGGAAGCGGCACAUUGGGAAUGACAUCGUGGCUGUGGUCUUCCAGGAUGAGAAUACACCCUUCGUGCCCGACAUGAUUGCAUCCAACUUCCUGCACGCCUAUGUAGUGGUGCAGGCCGAGGGGUGUGGCACCGAUGGCCCUCUCUACAAGGUCUCUGUCACUGCGAGAGAUGAUGUGCCCUUCUUUGGGCCUCCCCUCCCAGACCCCGCUGUGUUCAGGAAGGGGCCUGAGUUCCAGGAAUUUUUGCUGACAAAGUUGAUCAAUGCUGAAUAUGCUUGCUACAAGGCAGAGAAGUUUGCCAAACUGGAGGAGCGGACCCGCGCGGCCCUCUUAGAGACGCUCUAUGAGGAACUUCACAUCCACAGCCAGUCCAUGAUGGGUCUGGGCGGUGACGAGGACAAGAUGGAGAACGGCGGCGGCGGCGGCGGCGGCUUCUUCGAGUCUUUCAAGCGGGUCAUCCGGAGCCGCAGCCAGUCCAUGGAUGCCAUGGGACUGACAAACAAGAAGCCCAGCACCGUGUCCACCAGCCACAGUGGGAGCUUCACACCCAACAACCCUGACUUGGCCAAGGCAGCUGGAAUAUCAUUGAUUGUCCCUGGGAAGAGUCCCACAAGGAAGAAGUCGGGCCCAUUCGGCUCCCGCCGCAGUAGUGCCAUCGGUAUUGAGAACAUUCAGGAGGUCCAGGAAAAGAGGGAGAGUCCCCCGGCCGGCCAGAAGACCCCAGACAGCGGGCACGUCUCACAAGAACCCAAGUCAGAGAACUCUUCCACUCAGAGUUCUCCAGAGAUGCCCACAACCAAGAACAGAGUGGACACGGCUGCCCAGAGAGCAGAAGUGUUGAAGGACUUCUCCCGCUCCUCGUCCAGCGCCAGCAGCUUCGCGAGUGUGGUGGAGGAGACUGAAGGCGUGGAUGGGGAGGACACAGGCCUGGAUAGCGUGUCAUCCUCAGGAACACCCCACAAGCGGGACUCCUUCCUGUACAGCACGUGGUUGGAGGACAGCAUCAGCACCACAAGCGGGGGCAGCUCCCCAGGCCCCUCGCGGUCACCCCACCCAGACUCCGGCAAGCCGGGGGACCCUGCAUGUCCCGAGAUCAAGAUCCAGCUGGAAGCAUCUGAGCAGCACACACCUCAGAUGGGCUGCUAGCUGGCCACCCGAGGGAAGGUGGACUGAGCAGAUGAGGCCACAGAAGCACAAAGUGAAGACGCUGUGCCAAGCCCAGGUGC